CAACACCAUGGCCAGCCCCAGUCUCGCCUGCUGCCUGCUGGGCCUCCUGGCUCUGACCUCUGCCUGCUACAUCCAGAACUGUCCCCUGGGUGGCAAAAGGGCCACGCUGGAGCUGGACGUACGCAAGUGCCUCCCCUGCGGCCCCAGGGGCCAAGGACGCUGCUUCGGGCCCAGCAUCUGCUGCGGGGACGAGCUGGGCUGCUUCGUGGGCACAGCCGAGGCGCUGCGCUGCCAGGAGGAGAACUACCUGCCGUCGCCCUGCCAGUCGGGCCAGAAGCCCUGCGGGAGCGGGGGCCGAUGCGCGGCCGCCGGCAUCUGCUGCAGCCCAGAUGGCUGCCGCACCGACCCGGCUUGUGACCCCGAGACCACCUUUUCUGAAUGA